AUGCGAUGCUACAUCACCGAAGCUGUUCACGGCUGCAAUGCAAUGUAUAAUGAAACUCUUGAGAAGAAAGAGGAAUACGUAUUGAUGGAAGACAUCGUUCUCUUUUCGAGAAGUACCAGUGAAGCAGAAACGAUGCUCAAAGAAUUGAAUGAAGCAGGGAAGAGAAUAGGACUGCCAAUAAACAGAACGAAGACACAGUUCAUGAAGAACGUCUACUGCGAGGACGAAGGAGUACAACUUGAAAGCUCCCAAAUCGUGAACACUUCGUCAUACCUAUACCUUGCACGUCCUAUGAGUAUGAAAAACGACUUGAAGGAAGAAUUGAAUAGAAGAAUAAAAACAGUGUGA